UUAUGAAAAUACAAUUUAAAUAUUUCAAUCCUUCCCACUAACCCCAACCCAUCCUAGUGGGGAUCGGAAUCAUUCACCAGAAUUUCAAGAUGGCGGCAGAUUUGAGUGCUACGGAGAAAGAAACUCUGGAAGCGCUAUUGCAGAGCCUUCAAAGAGACAUCAACUGUUUAUCAGAUGACAACAGAGGCACAAGAAAGAGAGCUCUGGAGAAAAUUUCAAAAGAACUAUUUUCUAAGAAAACAAAGUUCUCGGCUUCAGUACUGCACGUUGCUUUUGAAGAAAUCUUAAAACCCAUUUUAAAACUGUUCUCAGACUCAACUGAAAAAUGUAGAGAACUUGCUGUGCAGGUGGUUUCUGAAUUUGCAAAGCAAGUAACAGACUUGUCACAGUUUCUACCCUACAUAAUUCCGACCGUGGUCCAAAGAUUAGGCCAGCCAGAAAUUGUGGAGUCUUGUGAGGAACUGAGGCUCUAUAUAGUUGAAAUGCUGUGUUCUGUUGUCGAGAUAUGUCGGGAAAAAGUUGGUGUAUAUAUAGAUGACAUGAUUAAAAUUCUUCAGAGAACACUUGUUGAUCCAUUUCAUGAUGUUAGGAAGGAGAGCUGUCGCUGCACUAACAUUUUGGCUACAGCAGUUCCUGACCAGUUUUACUUCCAAGCUAAUUCUUUAGUGAAUCCUCUACUGAAGUCUCUCUCUCAUCAACACUCAAAAGUCAGAGUGUCCUGUAUAAAGACCUUAGGAAUUGUGAUUAAUUGUGGCAAUGGUAAAAAUGUGGAUGAUGUGGUCUCGCACCUUGCUCAGAGAACAUUUGACAGUGCUCCUACAGUCAGAGCUGCUGUGACGGGCAUUGUAGGUGAUUGGCUGUUAAAUCUUCGAGAUAGAUAUUCAUAUUUCCAUAAACUGUUGCCAUUGUUGAUGACUGGCCUUUCUGAUGAGUUACCUGACAUUCAGAGGCUGGCAAAAGAGCUUAUGAGCAAGGUUGGUGAGAAAUAUGCAUUAGAAAAUGAAGAAGAAUUAAAGGACAAAAUGAAUUUUGAGGAACUUCCCAGCUAUAGACUUCCAACAGAUAUAGAGCGGCCCAGUCUAGGAUGCAGGGUGUUGGUUCAAAGGAACCUUUCCAAAAUUUUACCUGCUGCUUUACGUGAUAUGGCAGAUUGGACCACUGACACAAGGAUUAAGGCUUCAUCAUUAGUUUAUUUCUUACUGCUUUAUGCUGAGGAUAACACAACACAGCACAUGGAAAUAUUGCUACAAGGGCUGUACAAGGCUAGCCAAGAUGAAAAUGAACAAGUUGUGAAACAGGUUGUAUCAAGUGCUGAACUAGCUGGUUGUUUUGUUGAUCCUGCAUUAUUCUGCAAGCUUGCUCUUCCUCACCUCAAGUCAACAGCAGGCAGCUCGGCAACGGGCUGCAGCAGCUGUUUGAUGAUAGUAGCUGCGUUAUUAAGAGGGUGCAAUCCACAGCUGCUCAAACCUCAUCUCAAGGCUAUCUGUGACACAAUUGCCCUACCAGACAUCUGCUGCACAGAACAUUUGCCAUGCCAGUGCCAUCUCUUGGCAACUGUUGUGGCAAUUAUAGACAAGGCUGGUGAAAAGAGCGGUGAACACAGUUUCACUUUGUUCUAUGUGGUAAUACACGUGAUGGCACUACAACCACAGGGAAGCCUUGAUCAAGAGGUGAAUACUGUAUUAAUCAAACUGGUCACAGCUCAAAGCUUGGAUAACAUAAAUAAGCUGUAUGAAAGUCAUAUCCAGGAAUUCUUGAAAAAGCUAAAAGGGAACUACAGCUCUUGGACUCACCACUCUCCAGAGUGUCGCCUGUUUGACGUUUUGUUAACAGAAUCUGGACCAGUUAUUGGUCAGCAUCUUGGAGAUGCCAUGGAUAUCUUCACAGAGAGUUUAGACAGUCUGAAAAAAGAUCCUGAACUAAGACUUAAGAUGUUUUCAUUGCUGUCUCGUCUUCUGAUGAGUGCUCCCCAGUCAGUGGACUCAGAGAAAGCAUUCAGUUCAUAUUCAGUACAUGUAGUGCAGAAACUCAUCAUCCCUAACUGUGUUUGGCAAGCAGGAAGGACUGCUGCUGCUGUCCGCUCUGCAUCUAUCUCCUGUCUUUGGGCUUUACUGCAGUCAAACUUACUGUCUUCUACAGAUGCUGAAUUGAUAAUGAAAGAUCUUCUAACUCAGCUCACAACUUGCCUGGAAGACCACAACCAAACCACAAGACUUGUAUCAUGUAAAGCUCUGCAGAGGUUACUGCUGUCCUGCAAAGAUAGUUUUACUGCGGAUAUGCUUCAUCAAGUUUACCCAGAGUUACUGAAGAGAAUGGAUGAUAGUAGUGAUGAGAUACGGAUUGUUGUCACAAGAACAUUUUUUGCUUAUUUUAAAGCCUUUCCAUCAGGUUAUGACAGUGAUUUGUACAAGUUACAUCUGCAAGCCAUGUUCAAGGGUCUUCUGGUUCAUCUUGAUGACCCAUUAGCUUCUAUACAGGAAGCUGUGCUAAAUGUAUUAAAAGAAGCUGCACAUGUACAACCUCUGCUUCUUAAAGAACAACUCGACAUUGUUAGGCACAAACACAGAGUGGCCAGGUAUUGUGAGGAGCUUCUAACUCACUGCGAAACCCUCAUUGCAAAGUGACGUACACUUACUAGCUCCCAGAGAGAUUUGUGAAGCACUCAAGAAAGUAGGAACAAAAUGUAUUGAAUGUACAGUACAUCAGGAUUUGAUAUAAGCCUGUGCAAAUGCCAAUUGAUGAUGAAAAGGUGUGCAUGGAGACAGUGAUAUGCACAGGAAUCAUGGCUGGAAUUCUUUAUGCUUCAUCAGUGUUUUUACCAAGGAACGCCUUUUGGGAGAUUGUCAACAAAAGAUUAAGACAUACACAAUAAGACAAAUUCUUCUUUAUUACAUCAAAAUAAUAGAGAAGUGAGAAUGCUAUCAUGAGAGAAAAUGCUGGAUCCCAUUUUCAUGUACAGUACAUCUGUUCUUUAAAACGUUUUCUAAAAAACAUCUUCAGUUCAACAAGGCCACUGUAUGCAGACAGCACCAAAUGGAAUGCAAGAGAGACCUGCCUGAACUAUUUUUAAGGCAAGUUAUCACAAGGCCAAGAUUGUAGCAUUAUUGAUUUGAGUGAGUCAUCUCUAGCUGGCGAGAUGAACAUUUUAAGAAAGGCAAUAGUCAUUGUAUACCGUGUCCAUAAAUGUUACAUGAUAAAAGACUUGCUUCAAAAUAAACUAUUUGAACCUCAAA